AAAUAGGGGCGAGGAGUGAGGGCAGACGGACGCACUGCGGAGGGGCCGGCAGGUUGUGCCCGCGGAAACCUCACCAGGCUCGCCCCCUCCCCUCGGAGCGCCCUCCUGCCGGCUACCCCCAGGAAUCCCCCCCACCCUUGACGCCCGCCCUCUCCUUUGCCUUCCCUCCCCUUCUCCUCCUCUCCUUCCCCUCCCCUCCUUCCCCAUCACGGCCCCGGCCAUGACUGAGGCGGAUGCCGGUGCCGCUGUUGCCGCCGUUGCUGCCGCCGCCGGGGAGGUGUCCGCUUCCCAGAAAGUAGCUUGAUGAGUGUCCAAAGUAGCAGUGGAAGUUUGGAGGGGCCGCCAUCUUGGUCCCAGCUCUCCACGUCUCCAACCCCGGGCUCGGCGGCGGCGGCGGCAGCGGCAGCGGCAGCCAGGUCCCUGCUGAAUCACACGCCGCCAUCCGGGAGGCCCAAGGAAGGUGCAAUGGAUGAGCUUCACAGUUUAGAUCCAAGAAGGCAAGAAUUAUUGGAAGCUCGAUUUACAGGAGUUGUAAGUGGAAGCACUGGGAGCACUGGAAGUUGCAGUGUUGGAGCUAAAGCCUCAACAAAUAAUGAAAGUUCUAAUCAUAGUUUUGGAAGCUUGGGAUCUCUAAGUGAUAAAGAAUCAGAGACUCCAGAGAAGAAACAGUCAGAGCCAUCCAGAGGAAGAAAAAGGAAAGCAGAAAACCAAAGUGAAAGCAGUCAGGGAAAAAGUAUUGGGGGACGUGGCCACAAAAUUAGUGACUAUUUUGAAUAUCAAGGUGGGAAUGGCUCCAGUCCAGUAAGAGGAAUACCUCCUGCCAUCCGAUCACCUCAGAAUUCACAUUCACAUUCCACUCCUUCCUCUUGUGUUCGACCGAAUAGCCCUUCUCCUACUGCAUUAGCUUUUGGGGACCACCCUAUUACACAACCAAAGCAGUUAUCUUUUAAAAUUAUUCAGACUGAUCUCACAAUGCUGAAAUUAGCUGCACUAGAAAGUAAUAAAAAUCAGGACCUGGAAAAGAAAGAAGGUCGAAUAGAUGAUUUGCUCAGGGCUAACUGUGAUCUUAGACGUCAAAUAGACGAACAGCAAAAAUUACUUGAAAAAUACAAAGAAAGAUUAAAUAAAUGCAUUUCAAUGAGUAAGAAACUUUUAAUAGAAAAGAGCACACAAGAAAAACUGGCAAGCAGGGAGAAGAGUAUGCAAGACAGACUACGCCUUGGGCAUUUUACCACAGUUAGACAUGGUGCUUCAUUUACUGAACAAUGGACAGAUGGUUUUGCCUUUCAGAAUCUUGUGAAACAACAAGAAUGGGUGAAUCAACAGAGGGAGGAUAUUGAAAGGCAAAGAAAACUCCUGGCAAAGAGAAAACCACCAACUACUAAUAAUUCUCAGGCACCCUCUACCAAUUCUGAACCAAAACAAAGGAAAAACAAAGCUGUCAAUGGAGCAGAAAAUGAUCCUUUUGUUAGACCUAAUUUACCACAAUUGCUCACUUUAGCAGAGUACCAUGAACAAGAAGAAAUUUUCAAACUUAGACUAGGACAUCUCAAAAAGGAAGAAGCAGAAAUCCAGGCAGAACUUGAACGUUUGGAAAGAGUCCGAAAUCUUCAUAUACGGGAACUCAAAAGGAUAAACAAUGAAGAUAAUUCACAGUUUAAAGAUCAUCCCACGUUAAAUGAACGAUACUUGUUACUUCAUCUGCUUGGUAGAGGUGGCUUUAGUGAAGUAUAUAAGGCUUUUGACCUUUAUGAACAAAGAUAUGCUGCUGUGAAGAUCCACCAGCUUAAUAAAAGCUGGAGAGAUGAGAAGAAGGAAAACUACCACAAACAUGCCUGCAGAGAGUAUAGAAUACACAAAGAACUGGACCACCCCAGGAUAGUUAAACUAUAUGAUUAUUUCUCCUUGGAUACAGACACGUUUUGUACAGUGUUAGAAUACUGUGAAGGCAAUGACUUGGAUUUCUAUCUCAAACAACAUAAAUUAAUGUCAGAGAAAGAAGCUAGGUCCAUUGUAAUGCAAAUUGUAAAUGCACUAAGAUAUCUCAAUGAGAUCAAACCCCCUAUUAUCCAUUAUGAUCUUAAACCAGGAAAUAUCCUUUUAGUAGAUGGAACAGCAUGCGGAGAAAUCAAAAUUACUGAUUUUGGCCUGUCCAAAAUUAUGGAUGAUGAUAGUUAUGGCGUGGAUGGAAUGGAUCUAACUUCUCAAGGGGCAGGGACUUAUUGGUAUUUACCUCCAGAGUGUUUUGUAGUUGGCAAAGAGCCUCCAAAGAUUUCCAACAAGGUCGAUGUAUGGUCUGUUGGAGUCAUCUUUUUUCAGUGUCUUUAUGGUAGAAAGCCAUUUGGUCACAACCAGUCUCAACAAGACAUCCUUCAGGAAAACACAAUAUUAAAAGCCACAGAAGUCCAGUUCCCGGUGAAACCUGUUGUAAGCAAUGAAGCCAAGGCUUUCAUAAGACGUUGUUUAGCAUACCGUAAAGAGGAUCGAUUUGAUGUCCACCAACUGGCCAAUGAUCCUUACCUUCUCCCCCACAUGAGAAGAUCAAAUUCUUCAGGAAAUUUACAUAUGGCUGGACUGACAGCCCCUACACCCCCUUCUUCAAGUAUAAUUUCUUAUUGACAUGGCUCCAAGAUUGGCAUGAUGUCUUUCAAUUGUUUUCAAAUGCAGACUUAUUUGAGAGCAUUUGAGUGUUUUUUACACAAGACAAGAUUGAAAACUUUUCAAACUGAAGUUCUUCUUUAGUGUAAUUUGUAUUCGAGUGGAUCAUGGACUGUGAAUAAAUGUACUCUUCUGACUGUAACCUUAAACAUUGAAGGAUCACUACCUGUUGCACACAGACAAGAGUACUGUGUUUAAGAGGGGGGGAAAUGGGUCUUCGGGGGUUUUUUGGGGGGG